GUCAGAGAGCAGAGAGAGAGAGCUUCUCACUGAGGAGCUGACAGAGUGUGUGUGCGGAUCUCAGCCUCUGGUUCUCGGAAACUCCAGAAUAACUUCCCUCUGACUCCUCUGAGGAAACGUUGGACUCUCCGGACUGUUUUCAUCUUUAUUUGACUUCUUCAUCUUUAUUGAAGGACUGCACCGGGCUUCUCUCACAGGCUCUGGUGUUUUCCUGGUGAUGACCUCACUGCUGUUCCCUGCCCACGCUGCGAUGAAGGACCUCUCCUCUUCCUCCUCUCCUCUCAGCACCCUGCUCCACUACCCGAACUCCAAGUCCUCCGUGGCACCGUUCUCUCCAUCUUCCGGGACCGCAUCAUCGCCAACGCUAUCCUCCACUCCCAUCUCCAAACCUCAGCCUUUCUGCCUCCAGACGGGACCUCACCUCAUCGCUAGCAUGCAGCUUCAGAAACUCAACUCUCACUACCAGAACCUCGCCGGUGCUUCUGCGGGACACCAAGCACCUGGAGGAGCUCAAAGGGGAUUCGGUGCCUCGCCUCUGGGCACGGGAAACCAGAUUCUGGGCCCCUCUGGAGGUCUGGGUGGAGGUGGGAUGGGCGUUGGUAUGAACAUGGGGAACCAAAGCACCAGCACAGGUGCAAUAAUCGAUUUUGACCCCGUGGACGAGGAGGUUCUCAUGUCACUGGUCGUUGAGCUCGGUUUGGAUCGAGCCAACGAGCUGCCUGAACUCUGGCUCGGUCAGAACGAGUUUGAUUUCAUGUCAGACGUACCGGCCGGAUGCUGACCAAACGAGGAGAAAAAAGACUUUCGAGAUGCAAAGAGACAAAGAGAGAGAAGACCUUGCUCUGUUUUGUUGUUCCCUUUCCUUUUUGUGGGUCCAUACAACUGAAGAGACGCUGAGUUACAAAGAGAAAGAGAUCCAUUUCCUAUUUUGUGUUUAUACUCCUUAUGCAGACGGAUAUUGUUAUUUAAAGCAAGAAGAGAGAAAACGUUUUUUUGUUCAAUUCUAUCAGUGCAUUGUUUUUCUCUCUUGGAUCAAACUGAUGGUAGAAAAACCAACCUGAUGGGAUUAAGAAGUCUUUUGUUGCCUUCAUUGCACUCUGAUUGUUGCCUCAUUGCACGAGCAGAAACAAGGACUAUGUCUGUCGUAAUGGCUUAAUGAAAAACAAGGUGAUUGACGGCUGGUUGGAGACGUUUGGCGCUCUCUGGAAACACAACGUAAAGAAGACGCACCUGUUGGACUUUAACAGUGCUGUAUUCUCUAAAAAAAAAAAAAACAUGACAUUAUGGGAGAUUGGUGAAGGAUGACAAACACUACGGUUCCUGUUUUCUUGAAGGACAAUAUUAGACUCACGGGAAAGAGAGUCCCGUCUCGCCCUCACAAAGAUCACAAAGACAGUGAUUGUCUGAGAACUGGUUAUCUCAAUGUUCUUUCUUUCCUUUUUUUUUGUUUGAAUUAAGUUCAACCAUCUUAUUCACAGAACAUGUUAUUUAAGACAGUGGCUGAUAUCCAUCCGGACUUCUUGACAAGGAGUGCUUCUGUACCGCGUCUAUAAUCAGUCUGAACAUAAUGAAUUAGAUCAAGGGAUGUGGAAUCUUUCGAAGCAUGGGACCUGAAUGGAGUAAAUUGUUUCUCUCUCUCUCUCUGGAAGCAGCCUCGUUUAAAACGAUCGAGGCCUUUUUGGUCAUGUGAGAUGCUGAUGUAUGAUUUGUUUUCUGGCCUGCAGUGUAAGAACAUUGACCCGUUUGGUGUCUGUGACCCUUAAUAGCACUUCCUCUUACAUUAAAUAACAAGGUCUUGUCAACCGAAAGGCAAUAAUAGACAAAUUCAAGUGCCCUUUGCCUUCUGUUUUUCCUGUUUCACCACUUUCAUGUUUGUGUCAAAACAGUUUGUUUAGCCCCAACAAACCUUUACAUCAUAUCAGUGUCCCUGAUAAGGAAGUGUUUUCUGUCGGGUCAUCGUCAGGCCUGCAGACUGCUGUUUGCACACUUUGCAGGACAGAUUUGAAGUUAAACACACACUGUGGUUUGGUUUCAGCAGUGCAGACUUUAGGAUGGUUCAGGUUGGACCAAAGUGAGCUAAAUAACAUAUCAACAAGCUAGCAUUGUGCCUACUGUCCACCAUAUCUAAGGACCCCAUCCUUGUUGAACAAUUAUAAACUGAGAAAUAUCAAAAUAAAAGACUAUUGUUUUUGAUUUGACACUUGCUAGCUAGCUAUCACUCUCUAUACUAACAUGUGACUUACUUGGGGAAACGUUAGCAUUAGCUUUACAGUAGAUCUGUAUGGAAAGCAUGCGGCAAAACUCUUACUUUUGUGAAAUAUACUAAAUAAUAUCACUUUAAAAUAGUAGUUUUACCAAACAAUGCCAAUUCAAACUCCAGCUUUUUCUGUGGCUCUUUUUCUAUAUCAUACAAGUAAACAUUUAAGCUAACGUGGAAGCUAACACUAAAUCAUAAGAGCUACUGAGCUCACAUAUCAAAUCAAGCUCAAUGACAAGACUGCUUGUCCUUGGGUCAAAUUAGACCCGUUUCGCAGUUAUUUUAUGUUGAGAUAAAGGGUAUUAAAAUGUAUAGCAUCUGGGGUCAAUUUUUGUAGAAUUAGUCAAAAUUGUUGCCUUUUUUAAACUCAGAAAUUAGGUUUGAAUUCGUGUAAAUGAAGUCUAUUGACCGUACAUUUAGAAAAGAAGAGUAACUCUUAAAUCGGAAUAAAGUUGGCUCAAAAGGUGUUACACAGAUUUGGGUAAUUAUUUAUACUAGAUGCUUUAAAAACAGUGAAACCCUGAGGACAAAAGUUGAUAGGAAGACAACACAAGGGUUGAAUAAGUGAAGCUGAAUCCUUCAAUACUAAAUAUCAAAACAAAGCUAGUUCGCUGCAACCAAAUGUUAUAUUUCUAAUUUGCAUUUCCCUUGUUUGACCAACAUGAUGCUGCCAUAGUUAACUCUCCAAUUACCAGGUGUUUUUUUGCACACUUGUGGUUGGGAAAUACCCAAGGGUUAAACUGACACCUCCACCUCUUCCCACCUAUAGCAGCUGUACUGUGCUGUUUCAUGCUGUAGAUUGAUCCACGUUAGCACGGGGGCUCUGACCCAUAGUGGUAAGAAGAGACAGGGCUCGAACUGUGAAGCGGGAACAAAGGCCUUUCACUCUCAACCUGGUGCGUCUGUCAUCCCGGGGCAUUGUGGGUCUCCUCUUGGACCACACACACAUGAAAUAACACACCUGUUCAUAUGCACGCAACACACUGAAACUACGUAUAAAGGCAUCGAAAUAAACCCAGCACACAUGGGAUGGUAUUACAGCAGGGAAACGGGAGUAGCAGCCAUGAAACAGGCACUUGUUCAGUUACACACACACACACACACACACACUUUACAGGUUAUUGGGGUUGUUGGUUGGUGUGUGUGUGAGAAGAGAUAGUGAUGUCAGAGUGUCUGAAAAUGCAAUUGUGUGUAAGGGGAAACUAUGAGCAGCAGGUAUUACGUCUGCGGGAAAACUGCGGAAAAACCCCGCCGAGACUCAUUAAUUUAUUUAGAUUUAGACAGGUCAGUUUACACACACUCAACAAGUCCCUGCACACAUGCUUCCAAACAUCAAUUUUGACGUCGAUUAUAGGUCUCGGUUACACUCAAUGAACUUCCUUUUCCUUUCUUUAAUGAAACGCGAGAAGCAGUGAAUAAUGAAAACCCGAUGAAGGAGUAAUUUGACAGAAUCCUUUCUUUAAAAAAAAAAAGAAAGGGAUUUCCCCGCUUUUAUUGAAAGGAAUUAAGACGCUUCUCAUCGCCUCAAAAUCCAAAAGACAGGCGCGCUGAUUCACUUAUCCUCCAUCUCAUCGCCUAAGUGGGUCAAAAUAACAUUCUUCACAUUGAGACAGUCUUGUGUUUGUUUCCAUCUGCACGACUUUGUUUUAAAGCUGUGUGUGUGUGUGUGUGUGUGUGUGUGUGUGUGUGUGUGUGUGUGUGUGUGUGUGUGUUGUGUUGUGGUCCAGCCUUGAUCCCAGCUGAGUGAAUGUGUUGUUUUUUUUGUUGCUUUGCCUCCCAUGAGAAGUUGCCUAGUCGAGAUGUUUGAAUCUUCUGAGGGUUUUCAUUUCAUUUCCUCUUCUCCUUGACGCCCGAUAUUGCAGUUUAACCCCGGUGCCGGCGGUGACCUUUUGAACCCAAAUAUACCUCAUAGCUAUUUGGUUUCUAAUGACAAAAACUUAACUCCACGCAAAAUAUUCCUCAUUUUUGGUUUCAACCGAGCCUGGAAUACCAUAUAAGUGUAUUUUGGCAACUAAAUGAUGACAGAAAACUUGAUUAAAAUCAAACAAAACCAUCUUAAAGUUGUUCGGAUUGCAUGGUUUUGGUAAAACUACAAAUCUUAAACCCAAUACAGAUCAUUUUGCGAAGUAAACUACAAGUUUUAAGUCUGACUUCCUGUCUUUUUUCCAUAAUUAAAGUCAAGUGCUAAUAUAUUUGCCAUCUAGGACACUUCAAUCAACAGACAACUAAUAACCAACCAGUUUGAUAAUGGACUUUUUGAUUAAAAUGAUGUUUUAGAAACAUCAGAGUUUGCUUAUUCCAGAGAAGAUGCCACAUUCAAUAAGUUACAGCCAUUAAGGGCAACAAAAUCGCACAGCAAAAUGUCCUUAAUUCGCAAACUAACACGUUAGAUAGAGUAUAUUUCUGUUUAAACCUCACAAAACGGAGAUGUUAAGACUAUAUUUCACUGUUUUCAAGGAAUUACAAACCCUUCCUAAUUCACUUGUUUUAGGAUGUUGGGAUUCUUCCUGCUCUUUGUAUCUGCGUCUCGUGGUCUCUACAACACAUGAAGUGGAUUUACAGUUUCCAUGUGACAGCAGUGAUUUGUAGCCUCCGAGCCUCAGGGUCAUGAAAAAUGUUCCGGCACAUCAAGGCCCGUGAAAAGCCUCGACAUGAGCCGUGAUAUAUCUCUUAAAAGGUCGCUGUUACAAGGUUCCCUCUCCACACGUAAUGAAAAUGUUCAGCCACUGAGGUCUGCUUGUGAAACUGAAGCAGACUCUGAUUUAAUCAUCAUAUUCACGUUAAAACAUGUAACUUGUUUUUACAUGCAGUCUGUCUCCUUUCUUUUAUGUUUUUCUAAUGAUGAAAUGAAUAUUAUUCAAAGAUGAUUUUUAAAGCACUUUUGCUCAACGGCUCUCACUUGUACAUCUAUAUGAAUAUGUAAAUGAUUGAUAUCAUAUAACGAAAAAAAAAGCUUGUAUUUUUGUUACGGCUAUGAGUUUUGGGGGGGGAAAUAAAGAAAGUGAAAAUGUAA